AUGCAGGAACAGCCGCUGACAAAGAGGCUAGAUUACGUGUUCGGCGAGAUGCAGCGGUAUCACACCCAAUCAGAUGAUUGCGCCGGAGAAGAGGUCGUCUCAUCCACCACGAGCGAACCUUGUCUCGACGACAACUACAACGAAAAAGACGACUUGACUGAAGAUCAGGACCGUUUUACAUACAGUCGCGAUUUUGCUGGCGCGCAUGUGGAUCCUCAGCUCGCUACUCUUCUAAACGGGCCACAGUGGCAGAAGUCGAAUCCGUACACUCGUCGCGCAGCCAGAGUAGACUACAGCUACAAAAAGCCGUCGCAAACUGCCACGAAUAAACCUCCUCGUAAACCAAAGUACUGCGCAGCGGACGACAAUCGAGCUCCGCCUCCUGUACCCGAGCCUGAGACUCUAUUACGCUGGGGAAACCGUCGGGAAGAGGAGUUGAGGCCCAACUCGUUUGUCAAGACUUUCAUUUACAACGAAGACGACCUAGAUCGCUGGAUCUACGAGGGUGCUCCGAAGCCACGACUUAUUAGUUUGUACGAAGGGCUCCACGACGACGCGUUACAGGUCUCUCGCAAUAUGCGGGUUACCGGCUUUGCUCCGCCUAGCGGACCUAAUGAUAUCGUGCAGGAAUACCUCUCUCCGGACGAUCCAUGGGUUGCCAAUUACCAGGAUUUCAAGAUGCUUACUGAUGCCGAGAAAAAGGACGUGAUUGCACGUGAAGCUGAAGAACACGGUCUUGAGAGACCAAAGGGCUGGAAUGUGUCCUUUCACUACAACCCACACGUCGAGUAUCAUCACUUUGGCAGCUCACAUCCAAUGAAGCCAUGGCGUUUGACGCUGACUAAACAGCUCGUUCUUUCGUAUGGAUUGGAGUAUACCAUGGAUUUAUUCGAACCGAGACCAGCGAGCUUCCAGGAUCUUGCUGUAUUUCAUGACCGCGAAUAUCUAGCCUAUCUCAGCAAGAUCACGCCCCAAAACGCACAGCCUGAAGAUCCUCAGUAUAUAGCAUAUGGUUUUGGUGGUGAGUCAAACGACUGCCCCGUAUUCGAUGGACUCUGGAACUACGUAUCACUCUACACUGGUGCUACAAUGAGCGCCGCCUAUAACCUCAUCAACAACCAGUCUAAUAUCGCUAUCAACUGGUCUGGAGGCUUGCAUCACGCCAAGAAGAAUCUCGCCUCUGGAUUCUGCUAUGUCAACGACAUCGUGAUAGCAAUUCAAACUUUGCUCUCGCGAAAUCAGCGCGUUCUGUACAUUGAUAUCGACGUCCAUCAUGGCGACGGUGUCGAACAGGCGUUUGAGUCUACAGAUCGUGUUUUCACGCUCUCGUACCACAAGUAUGGUAUCGACAAGCACGGCUACCCAUUCUUCCCGGGUACAGGAGCCAUCGAUGAGACGGGUCCGGUGGACCCCAGAAACCCCGGCAAGGCUCACAGUUUGAACAUUCCCAUCGAAGAUGGUAUUGAUGACGAUCAGUACAAGUGGCUCUUCAAGACGGUCACUGGCGCCGUGAUUGAGAAAUACAACCCGCAAGCUAUUGUUCUGCAGUCGGGUGCCGACUCCCUUGGUGGUGACCGCCUCGGUCGCUUCAACCUCAACAUCAAAGCGCACGGCUACUGCGUAGAGACUGUCAAAGCGUACGGUCGUCCUCUACUCAUCAUAGGUGGUGGUGGCUAUACGCCCCGCAAUGUAGCACGAACAUGGUGCCACGAAACUUCCGUCUGCGUAGGCGCAACACUUCACAAUGAGCUACCCGCCCACAUCCCCUACCUGCAAGCUUUCCAAGGAGCAGAAAAUGGCGAUGGUGUUCUGUACCCUGAUCUACACAACACGAAGCGACACGACAACUUGAAUUCACAGGCCAAGUUGCACAAGCUAGUUGAGCAGGCGCUAGAGAAUUUGAGGUACUUGGAGGGCGCACCUAGUGUGGUCAUUGACACAAAAGGCGUUCCCUUGGAAGAGCUCAUGAGGGUAAGGGAGGCAAUUGAUCGCGAGCUGGAAGAAGAGGCGGAGGAUAAAGCCCGUCUCUCUGUCGAGAACAGUAGACGCAGAAAAGAGAAGAAUAUUGGCGGCCGAAGUGAGCGCAGGUAG